UUUGGCCUUGAGUGCCAUUUUGUUAUCGGGUGAUUCGCGCUUGGUAUCGCCUAUCGUGAUUGGACCAAAAUGUGAGACCCACCCAUUGGCCCAAGCGGAAGGCGGUGGUGAAGGUGAGUGCUUCCCGCGCCAUUCUUUCGGACUGUUGUCUGUGAUCCGUCCGGCCAUUCUACAACUUUCUCCAUCACACAUCGUCAGCGACGAAGAUCCUCAGAAUUUUCAGCUUGCUGAUACCCAGCGAGUCCAUCUGCAACGAUCACUUACACUUUGAAUCAACUCUCUGGUUCUCUUCCGUCCCUCAUCGACGGCCGUUGCGAUCCUCCGACCCCUCAGUCUUGGUAAUCAGUUACCGACCGCCACCAUGUCUACCGCCGCCCGCCGUCGCUUGAUGCGCGACUUCAAGCGUAUGCAGACUGAUCCUCCCGCCGGCGUUUCUGCCUCGCCUGUCCCCGAUAACGUCAUGACCUGGAACGCCGUGAUUAUUGGCCCCGCCGAUACCCCAUUCGAAGACGGUACUUUCAGACUCGUUAUGCAGUUCGAGGAGCAAUACCCCAACAAGCCCCCCGCGGUCAAGUUCAUCAGCCAGAUGUUCCACCCGAAUGUCUACGCCACAGGAGAGCUUUGCUUGGAUAUCCUACAGAAUCGCUGGAGUCCCACGUAUGACGUCGCGGCAGUGUUGACGAGCAUUCAGAGUUUGCUCAACGACCCAAACACGGGCUCCCCAGCGAACGUUGAAGCGUCGAACCUCUAUAAGGACAACCGGAAGGAGUAUACGAAGCGGGUUCGUGAGACGGUUGAGAAGAGCUGGGACGACUAAAUCGUCACGAUCAUCACGACGACGCAUACAUACGACUGUUAUGAACGAGAAUGUCCGCGCCUUACUUCAGCAGGGUAUGGCUCGUGUAGGAAUAAGCUGCUGGGCUGCGAGGGGAUGCUAGAGGGCCGUACGAGGGGCAGAUUGACAUGAGCUACACCCAGGGCUAACCAGACACAUGUCUUGAUUUGCUUCGCAUUAAGCAACUGGGGUACCCGAUGAGGUGGGAGUGGGGGGAUUUGGCGUUUCGGCUCGUGCUGUCCUCUCUAAGUGGCUUUUGGGGCGACCCCAUGUUGCGAUAGGCGUUUCGUGGACGUGCUUUGCUUUUCCUAUCCGUUGAGUCACCCGUUGUCGGUGACGUUAGGUUCGUCUUCAUCUGGCUUUACAGGGGAGUUCGUGGGAAGUGCAUUUGGGACCUCAUAAGUAGCGAAAUACCAAAUCUGUUGAACAACAUGCGGCCCGUAGUUGUUUAUUAUGAAUUCAUUGGCGAAAGCGGAGC